CUUUUCAACACAGGCCAUUCUGUGAUUCCGUGAACCUUCCUUCCCUCCUCCCAGAACUCCUUGUUUUUAGUUCCGUUCUGUUAACCUUUCUGCUGGAUGCUAACAACUCCCAGCCUGUGGUGGGAAGGAAGGAGCGCUUCCUUGCCUCUUGGAGGUGGGCAGUGCGCUCUGAGUGGAGCCAGAGAACCCCUGCUGUUCAAGGACAGAUGUGGCUUUGGGGCAUCUCACCGGUGUAAGAGCAGAAGGGUUGAAGUGGCUGCUUUCCAUGUGCUUUUAAGCCACAGGUGGGCAGAACGGCCCUGUGCUGCUGCAGUGGGAAGGCAGGAAGGUGGAAAAAGUCAUGUUGUCACAGUGGUGGCUGGGUUGCUUUUAAAGGUGAGAGGAUUGUUCAGAGUGAUUGCAGCAGCAAUGGCAGAGAGCUGUUAGAAGGGGGCUAGAUCCUGCCAGCAGGAUUUCUGCACCAGUGAGAGUAUUUAUUUGCUGUGAGAAGGCGUAUUGUUCUCGUGCCUGGUUCUUUGUGUUCUUCAGGUAAAGGCUUUUGUAUAAGCUCACACCACUGUAAUUUAUAUAUCAGUCAGCUGAGAAGCUUGUUGUUUUUGUGGUUUCUGUUUCUAUAGCAUGUAGACUGACCUGGUUGUGACUUCCUUACGUGGGGCUGAAAAGGGACAGUGUCCUGCAAGAAAUGGUUUGUGGUCAAUUGAUGUUUUGCUUGGUGUUGCAGAAGCUGCUCCUGUGUACCCAAAAGAUUGGCAGGUCCUCUGCUGGAGGAACAAAUGCAGGAAGCUGACUCCUGCCAGCAUAUGAUCAUAAGGGUCCAGUUUCCCUUUUGUGGAAGUGUCUGUCUCAGUUCUCUGAGGAAAUCCUUCUUUAGUUGCUUUCUGACUUCUUUUUCUCAGCCCAGCUGUGACGGAUCAGGUGUUCCCUAUUAGCUAGCAGCUCUGACACUAGCAGUGAUUUUUGUCAUUGGAUGUGUUCAAACCAGAUUUUCUCUUCCUGUUUUUCCCUGGUUCGCAGCACAGCCGUUGUCUGGCCAGACAAAAUACAAGGAUCUAUUGAGGAAGCUGCUUUUUCAGUGAGAACUGAAGCUUGACAGGAGGGGGCUUGGCUCAGGCAAAACCAUGCGGGUGAUCUUGCAAAGCAAACGUGCCAGAGCUCUCUGAAGACAAAUUUUGCUGUCAGGCUGACUACUGGAGAGCAUUUUCAAGGGCUUUUUGCGCUUUUAAAGAUUUCACAAAGGCUCAGGCAGCAAUGGCAGGGGAAGACUGUGUAAGAAAACGCCCGUCUGGCUCCACCACAACCUACAAGAGCUCUGAGAAUGAAGAAAUGCAGAGGAGACCUGAUGGCGACAGAUCCUUUCAAAACUCCAGCAAUGGUCGCGUUGAUGUGGACCAUGUGAUAACAAGGAAGAUGCAGCUAAUAGCAGAAGCUGAGCAACUGAAGCCAGUUUUCAUGAAGGAGGUGGACAGUCACUUCACAGAGUUUGUGAACAGUUUGGUGGCAAAGUCAGCACUCCUGGAUUCCUCAUCUUCAGCUUCCCUCUUCCCGGCUUCCUGCUCUGAGAAGGAGCUACACAAAGCCAAGACCUUAAGAGCCCCUCCAGAACAUGGGAAGAUCUUCACUGCCAGGAGGUCCCUCUUGGAUGAGCUAUUUGAAGUGAGUCACAUCAGGACAAUCUAUCACAUGUUCAUCGCUCUUCUCAUCGUCUUCAUCCUCAGCACACUUUUAGUGGACUUCAUUGAUGAAGGAAGGCUGGUCCUUGGGUUUGAUCUCUUGGUCUACGUUUUUGGAAAGUUUCCGGUCGUCUUCUGUACUUGGCUGUGCAUGUUCUGUGCCACAGUUAUCAUUCCAUACAGCCUUUUCUUCCAGUGGGCCCAAGGUUACAGCAGUUCCUCCCAUCGUGUAAUCUACUCUCUCUUCUACGGGACACUGUUCACUCUCUUCCAAACCGUUGGGCUUGGGAUUGGGCCAACGUAUGUUGCUGUAUCAUAUGCUCUGCCUCCAGCUUCCCGUUUUAUUGUAAUACUGGAACAGGUUCGUCUUGUUAUGAAGGCUCAUUCAUUUGUCCGUGAGAAUGUGCCCAGAGUCCUGUCUUCUGUAAAGGACAAGUCUGGCUCAGUACCUAUUCCUCGCAUUUCUCAAUACUUGUACUUCCUCUUUGCUCCCACCCUCAUCUACAGAGACAACUAUCCCAGGAAUCCUACAGUAAGAUGGGGCUACGUAGCUACCAAGUUUGCACAGGUGCUUGGUUCGCUUUUUUAUGCCUACUACAUCUUUGUGAGGCUCUGCAUUCCUCAGUUUCGCAACAGUAGUCAAGAAACAUUUAAUCUUCGAGGGCUGGUCUUGUGCAUCUUCAACUCAAUUCUGCCUGGUGUACUGAUUCUUUUCCUGGUCUUCUUUGCCUUCCUUCACUGUUGGCUUAAUGCAUUUGCUGAGAUGAUGCGCUUUGCAGAUAGGAUGUUCUACAAGGACUGGUGGAACUCCACAUCCUAUGCAAACUACUACCGAACUUGGAAUGUGGUAGUGCACGACUGGCUCUAUUACUAUGCCUAUAGGGACUUCCUCUGGUUUUUUGGCAAGAAGUUCAAAGCUGCAGCUAUGCUGUCUGUCUUCACAGUAUCAGCUGCUGUGCACGAGUAUGUUCUGAGCAUCUGCUUUGGCUUCUUCUACCCAGUUCUCUUUUGCCUGUUCAUGUGCUUUGGAAUGCUCUUUAACUUCAUCCUUAAUGACCGCCGGAAGGGGCCCAUCUGGAACGUGAUCAUGUGGACAUCCCUCUUCCUGGGCCAAGGUGUCAUCAUCUGCCUCUACAGCCAGGAGUGGUACGCCCGCCAGUACUGCCCUGCACAAAAUCCUGUGUUCCUGGACUACUUAAAGCCUCGCUCGUGGUCGUGUCACAUGCAGAUGUAAGAACUUGUAUGCUCUGGCCACGCCAUCACAGAAGAACAGUUUCCUUCACGUACUUGGACCAUUGACUAAUUCACUGCGGACUUUUUCUAAGGGAAUUUUUGCCUCCUGAUUAUUUGGGAGAAACUGUAUCUUUUAAAAACAGUACUGAAGCAACCCAGUUGAACUGGAUUGCACCAGGCUUCAUAGGCAGCAUCUGUCAUGUGCUGCCCCCCUUUGAGCCAUUUCCAUGCCAGUGAAACAUUAUGCUGAAGGUGCAGUCUACUGGAAUCCUACUCGUCCUGGGGUCCCCCAAGUGGCUGCUCUUCUGGGCAGUCGUCCAGUCAGAUUUGCUAGUAGCUCAUGGUUGGCUUCCGUCCAUCUUCCUCGGUCACCCCUUUGCAAUUUUUGUCUCCUUUUUGGUAAUGGGAUGUCUACAGAACUUCUAUUCUUUGUGAUCUUGUCCGUUGCUAUGCCACGGACAAGUGACGGAGCAACAAGUUAUAUGCCUCCUUGCUGUGAAAAUAGCCAAAGCAUUCCUGGAUGGCUUUGAACUGCAUUCUAUGUACAAUGGCUGCCUAGGGAUUUCAAAUGGGCAGAGGAAGAGGGUAUUUUUUUGUGUGGCUGUGUUGGAGAAUCAGCUCUUUCUAUCUUCAGAAGCAGGGCACAGUAUGUGCAGUUUGUCUUUUUUAAAUGGAAAACCUAGGUUUUCUCUAUGUCUGUUAAGUUCGUAACUGACUUUACAGCUUUUUUGUCUUCUGAAAGCCCUUGUGACUUGAGGAAUAGAUUUCUUGUAGCUCUUCCUUUCCGUUGCUCACAGAUAAUCAGAUUUUUUUUUUAACACAAUUUACUUAAAAGAGCUUUUUCUUUUAAUUUGGCAGAUGCUUUAAGGUAUACAAAUUAAGGCUUUCUGUAGUGAGAAAGAUUUGAAAUACUAUGACUGAACUGUAAGGAAAUGUGAUUGACUUUACAGGUACAUAGUGCAUUCUCAUUUGAGAUGUCUGUGUUGGGUUCUUUACCAGCAUGUCAUGGUGCCCCUUGCCAACAUGUACUGUAGCAGUCUCUAUCACUGUCAGUGGGGAAUUAGGGUUGACCCAGCAGUUGGAGUCAGAGCUGCUUUUGCAUCUGCCUGUGUCUGCCCUCGUCAGUGAGAUUUUUUUCAGCUGAAAAUAAGUUUUCUACAUAUUGCUCUCCUACUUCUGAAGAGGGAGGACAUCUUCCCAUAGACACUGCUAAAAGAAGCGCAGUGAAUUUGGUCUUUCAGUAUGUAUUUAUAACAGCAGCUAUUCUGUCUGAAUUAGGCAGAGCCCCUUCAGCUUCCUUGCACUGUCAGAUGUUAAGCACAGAAAGGAACUUAGGUCGGGUUUGGGUGCAUAUCUGUUCAGUUUUCCUGAAAUCGUAGCUUCCAUUAUUGGAGAAGGAAGGUAACCUGCUAGUUUCUCUAACUGUUGUCACCUUGACUUUGGUCAUGGGGAUUCUGUUAAUUACUCAAAUGUUCUUAAUUGCCACUUCUCAGCAACAGCUUUUCCUUACUAACAUACAGCCCAGGUAUUAGAUACCAGCAGUAAUGGACUCGUGGACCUGUCUCCCACUUAAACGUCUUUUGGGCUUCUCUUUUUAUUAACCUGAGUCAUGAAAGUAAAUUCAUGAGAGCUAGGCACUACUUACUCUUCCAACUUUUGAAAUGCCUGUAAGAGGAAAUGCUGUGCUUCAGAAGGGAUGCUGUCAAGUCAAAUUUGCCAAAUUGCAGACUUGCGUGUGUUGUUCUCAUCUAAAAACAUCUCCUACCAGAACUUGUCUGAAACAGUUGGGUUGGCUUCAGAGGAAGGAGUGUGUGUAACCAAACCUGGCAGUAUUAGUAUACAAAAUCCCAGGAAUGAAAUACAUUACUCUUAUCUUGUUCAGUCUGAAU